AUGUUUGUUCGUACCGUGUUGGCCUUUUUGGCCUUGCGGAAAAAAGUGUCAAAAAAAAAACAAAAGUCCAACAAAGAAGUUAUCGAAACAAGUUCGGAAUUCCUCGACUGUGAGCAAAGCUUGAAGACGUUUACCACUCCUUCCAAACCGGAAAAGUUAUCUAAAAUGGAACAACCGAAAAGUUCGCUGGCCAAAGAUAAAGGAUCUACCGACAAAACCGCUAAUGUUGACGCGUUGAAAAACGAUAAACAUGCAGACGCGAAAAUUUAUUCGAAAGCAAGCAGAUGUAAGGAAGAGCCGUCAAUAAAAAUUCCAGAAAAAGAUUCGCUUGGUAUUACUUUAGAUCAAAAUAAUAUAGAGGUUAUUGAAGUUUAUUCAAGUUCUAACCAGGUAGAUUCGUUCAACAAUACCAGCUAUCAUAAUGCGGAAAAUGUUACUUCUAUCUAUGAAUCAAUUUCUCAAGCGUCAAACCUGUCACAACAGAUUGAAAUAACGGAUGUUGCUGAUAAUUUCAACCUUGCGAGUUAUUUUGCUGAGCCCGCGCAACUUUCUAUUGAUUUUAGUCACGUGUCGAAAACAUCGACAUCUGAAAAUAAAUUUAAGAGUGAAUUGAGGCAUAGUGACUCCAUUAUUUAUCAAAACGAAUUACGUUUAGAAUUCGAAUCAAAUCACAACUUAACGAGAUCUCACUCAAAUGUCGGUUUGUCAAGAAAUCAACGAUCGUCGGCUUCAAAAUCAUUGCAUCAUUCUCGUACCUUUCCAUUAGACACUUCAGAGUAUAAGUCAAUUAUCAAACAAAAUAGAAAUAAUGAUUCGGUUUUACAAAGUUCUACAUCUCUUGAUUCAGCCGUAGAAUCUGUAGUAGUACCUAAUGGAGAAAUAAUUAUACCUUCAUAUGACAAUGAACGUUUCAAUAAAAAAUUUAAAUCAGAAGUUUCGGUUCGUCAUGGUCACACUGAAGAGAUCUUAGUUGAUCCAUGCAUUGUUGAAGGUACUAUUCUUACGAAAGUUACGGCAAAAAAGAAACAAUUGCGGAAAUUUAGAAUUGAUGUUGAACUGUGUCGCAUUUUAUGGGAUUCAAAAAAAUCUGGAAAAGUGAACAUUGAAAAUAUAAAGGAAAUUCGAACUGGUGAAGCAAUUCGUAAUUAUCGGGAGCAUUUCAAGAUGAGUUGUGAUCAUGAACCUCGAUGGUUUACAAUAGUUUAUGUUGAGGCUGGAAAAUAUAAAAUUCUUCAUCUUGUUGCCGAUACUUGUGAAUUAUUCAAUAAAUGGGUGGAUCAUUUGGAAAGAUUAUAUCUACAUAGAAGAGAAAUGAUGCGAGGAUUAGGAAGUUUUGAAGAAAAACAGUCUAUUUGGCUGAAGCAAUAUUGGAAACAAGCUGACAAGGACGGAAACUCAAGAUUAACAUUUGAGGAAGUUGCUAGAUUAUGUCAUCAAUUGAACAUAAAUAUGUCAAAGACAUUAUUAAAGGAAAAAUUUCAAGAAGCUGAUAAACAUAACCAUGAAUAUCUCAAUUUUGUUGACUUUCAACAAUUUGUAAGGAUAAUCAAGAAGCGACAAGAAUUAGUUGAACUUUUUGAUCAGUUAAAAACUCAAAAAAAUAGAAAUACCCUGACACCGCAAGAAUUCAAAAAUUUUCUGUUGGAUAAACAAAAAUGCAAUCUGAAGGAAGAAGAUUACGAUAGUCUUUAUUACAAAUUCUGCAAUAAAGACCGUAAGGAAAUGAUGAAUCUUGAAGGCUUUAGUAGCUUUUUGAUGUCUGGCGACAAUUCUGUUUUUGCUUUAGAACACACCAAAGUCAACCAAGACAUGUCGCGUCCUUUGAAUCAUUAUUUCAUCGAUUCUUCUCAUAAUACGUAUUUGACAGGGGAGUCUUCUAUAGAAGGUUAUAUACGUGUUUUGCAACGUGGCUGUCGGUGUGUUGAAAUUGAUUGUUGGGAUGGACCUGAUGAACCUAUAGUUACGCAUGGUCAUACAUUGACAUCGAAAAUUUUAUUUAAGGAUGUUAUUUCUGCUAUUCGCACAUAUGCGUUUCAUGCUAGUCCUUAUCCAUUGAUUUUGUCACUUGAAGUUCAUUGUUCUAUUGAGCAGCAAAACAUGAUGGCAACAAUUUUAACUGGUACUUUAGGAGAGUAUCUUGUCACCAGUUUCUUAAACACUGAACCUGAAUUGCCCAGUCCUAAAAGUUUAAUGAAAAAAAUUCUAUUAAAACUACAAACUAAUAAGGGGAAAUCAAGGGUUUCCAAAGCUCUCUCUGACUUAGUAAUUUAUUGUUCGGCUGUCAAAUUCAAAGGAUUUGAAUAUCAUCGCGAGAAAUCUAUGUAUUACCAUAUGUCUUCAUUUUCCGAGCGAGUUUCAAAUCGACUUUGCAAAACAGAAAAGCAUUCUUUUAUUCAACAUAAUUCACGACAUUUGUCGCGUAUUUACCCAGCAGGAUUUCGUAUAAGUUCAUCAAAUUAUGAGCCACAUCUUCAUUGGAUGGUUGGAAGUCAAAUGGUAGCUUUGAAUUAUCAGACAUUUGAUCUAGGUAUGCAAAUAAACCAAGCCAUGUUCGCUGUUAAUGGAAGAUGUGGAUAUGUUCUUAAACCUGAACGUAUGCGUUGUAUCGAACCUAAUAUUUCUGUUUCCCCAACAAAAUCAACACAAACUCUGAACAUUACGGUUAUAUCUGCUCAACAACUUCCUAGACCUAAAGAUGUGGUCAAGGGGGAAAUUAUCGAUCCAUUUGUUGAAAUAGAAUUAUUGGUUCCAGGCGCAGAUGUCGUUAAAAAAAAGACGUCUAUAAUAGAUGAUAACGGGUUUAACCCAUUUUGGAACGAUACAUUGACGUUUACCAUUGAUUUUGAAUAUUUGGAACUUGUGUUCUUACGAUUUGUCGUAUGGGAUCAAGAUGUAAGGACGAGUGAUUUUAUUGCAUCAUAUUGUAUCCCAAUAGCCAGUUUACAACAAGGUUAUCGCCAUAUUCCCCUUAACGAUUUAAAUGGUGAUCAAUACCCAUUCACUACCUUGUUCAUUUAUUCCUCACUUUCGGGAUGA